UGUUUUCAUUUUCAGUUCAGACUUUCAGACUUAAUUUUUCAUGAAAUUAGAUAAAUUUUAUUCUUCAUGCAAUAAUUAAGCAGCCUUGGUGGAGACUGGUGCAAAUAUUCCUUUGUAGCGCUAAUAAUUUAUUUAAAAUGGAUUUUCCUUUGAAUAUUUUUACUUUAAAUUGUUGGGGCAUUCCUGGCAUUUCAAAGAACCGUAAAGAAAGAAUAGAAGCGAUUGCCAGCUACCUGCGUGACAGCAGACACAACAUUGUGUGCCUUCAAGAGAUAUGGAGUGAAGAUGACUAUUUGUACCUCAAGGAACAACUCAAAGAAACACUCUCUUUCUCACAUUAUUUCUACAGUGGAGUCCUGGGCUCCGGUCUGUGUGUGUUCUCAAAAUGGCAGAUCCAGGAUGUGUUCUUCCAUCAGUGGCCUCUGAAUGGAUACAUCCAUAAGGUACACCAUGGGGAUUGGUUUGGGGGUAAAGGAGUUGGUCUCUGCCGCAUCAAAUAUGCUGACAAGAUCAUCAAUGUCUAUUGUACCCAUUUGCAUGCUGAGUACCAUGAAGAUGACAUCUACUUGGCACACCGAGUCCUGCAAGCAUACUCAACUGCUGAAUUUGUCAACAUCACCAAAGCCCCAGCAGAUAUAUCUAUAUUAGCUGGGGAUCUGAAUGCUGGGCCUGGUGAUUUGUCAUUUAGGCUAAUAAGUGAACUGCCAGCACUUGCAGACCCGUAUGAUCUGGACUAUGCAUGCGGGGACCCCAGUGUCAGGCCUGCAUCAGGCACCAGCGACAGCGCCAACAACAGCUACUCCAAUCCCAAGAUGGUGGAAAAGUGCCCUGAUGGGAAGAGGAUUGACCACAUCCUGUUCCAUUGCAGGCCUGAUUGGAAGGUGCAAGUGGAAAACUUCGGCAAUCCCCUAGAGGACAGAGUGCCUGGACAGACGUUCUCAUACUCCGACCAUAACGCUGUGUGCUUGCAGUUGCGACUUCAGCCUUCACAAGGAAAAUCUAUCAAUACUAGCGAUAAGGCAUCCCCGUAUCAAGCUAUAUUAGACGCUAUAACUGUCUGCGAAGACGCUACCCUCACCAUAAAAAGAUCCAAGAAAGUUUACCUAACCUGGGGUGGGCUGUUAUUUAUGUUUCUCAUAGGAACUGUAGGCUUUUGGCCGAACAAUUUACUAUGCGAUGUCAUAAAGAUUGGUAUGACGGGUUUGUGCUUCUACAGUAUUGUGAUGGGUUCGUUGUGGAACCAGAUAGAGUUGAAUAGCUUGAAGGCAGGGCUGACGGGACUGGAAUAUUCCAAGUUAUGUCAGUCCGAAUCUGAAACGUCAGAGAAAAAGCACUUGCAUUCGGCGUGCUCAGAGAUGUCUCUCUUCACAUCAGACACAUCCCACAUGGCGAGGAAGGAGCCGAGACACGAGGGCGUCGGGUCCAGCGGAGACACGUACGCUGAUGUGAUGUCAUCCAAAGGUGAAACUGAAGCCGAUUCAGGCACUGUGUCGCCUAAUCUUUCUACAGGCAAAAGUGAUCAGAUUCCCACAACGCCAGUCAUUAAAGAGGAGAACCCAAAAAGAGGCGGCACAGUUCUGAAAUGCAACAGUUGCAACAGUUUCACGACGUUCAGCAGUCGCUCCCUGUCCACCCACAUGGCGCAGUGUUCCCCCGACAACAACAACGUGGCGGCACAGAAUGCGGAGCCGCGGCCUCACAGGAAGCUCUUCGAGUGCGAUGUCUGCAACAUGAAGUUUUCGAACGGCGCGAACAUGCGCCGUCACAAAAUGCGGCACACAGGGGUUAAACCGUACGAGUGUCGCGUGUGUCAGAAGAGAUUCUUCCGCAAGGAUCACUUGGCUGAGCACUUCACUACGCAUACUAAAAGCUUGCCGUACCAUUGCCCUAUUUGCAACCGCGGGUUCCAGCGGCAGAUCGCGAUGCGCGCGCACUUUCAGAACGAGCAUGUGGGUCAGCACGACCUCGUCAAGACGUGCCCUCUGUGCAGCUACCGCGCGCAGACAAUGAAGAGUCUACGGGUGCACUUCUUCAACAGACACGGCAUAGACCUCGACAACCCAGGUCCAGGGAACAACUCCGUAUCUCUUCUAGCCGCGGGCAUAGCCAACGCUGCAUACGCCGACGGGUCAAUGGACGCCAGCGCUAUCAGUGCCCUCGGGGCUCUAAGCUCCGGGCUCUCAGUCUCAGUGGCAGCGGCCUACUCUGACAGUGGAGACAGCAACGGAGCCAGAUCCGUGGACAAUGCGACCCCGCCCAUGCACUACUUGACACCGCACGUGGAGAUCUCAAUGGCGGAUAAUAACGAAACGUUCUCGCCUGGGCAGUCCAACCAUCAUGGGAAUUCUGGAUCGGAAUCGUGCAUGAACGGGUCGGGCCCGCGCUCGCCGCAGUCCGGCGACAGCGCCGUGGCCAGCAGCUCGCUGCCCGCCGGCGUGCCCGCCAGCAUCACGCCCUCCAUCACACUCAUACCCAUCAAGCAGGAGCCCAACAACCAAGACGACUCGGGUAACGGUGAUCGCGACGGCGAUGGCGAAGCCAACGGGGACAAGCGCAACGUCUCCUCGAGUCUGUCGUCCAUGAUCAAGGUAUCCCCAUUGAAGAGCUUGCUCAGGGAGGAUCUGCGGCGCCGCAUCUCCGCUAGAGGGCGCGCCAGGGGAUCUAAUAGGGCUUCACCAUCGGAAGGCGGCGUUAUCACAUCGACGCAUGGCGACGCCGCUCUCCUGCCCGCCUCACUCGUCUGCACCUUCUGUUCCAUCACGUUCCCGGACUCCACGCUCUACUUCUUGCACAAGGGCUGCCACUGCGACUCCAACCCGUGGAAGUGCAACAUCUGCGGCGAACAGUGCUGUAACGUGUACGAAUUCAACUCGCAUCUGCUCAGCAAGAGCCACCAAUGACUGUUUGCCGGGGGGCCGCUCGACAGCCACUGACGAGCGGGUUCGGCGACGCACUAUCACGUAACUGCACACACGCGUAGUACGUACGUAGCACUUCGAAGGUACUUCACCGUUUCCGUUCGUUUGUAAGUUUUACAGCGCUGGUAGACGCGUUCACUUUCUGUUAGCCUAACUCUUUCGACUAUUUCACUUUAAUUGUAGGUAACUUAUUAGGUAAUGUGCACUUAGUGAGGUGGAAGUGACUUCGACUUUGCUAUACGCUGAACGUCCCCCCGAAGGCACUUUUGAUAGAAGUGCAAAAUCAAGUUAUUGGUGGUUGUAGUGGUUUUAUAAACCAUUUUUUUAUUUAUAUGGUUAGCUUAGAAAUUAUACACAUUUGGGUUUAGUUUAAUGAGAUGGUGGAUAUUUAAAUUAAAACAUAAUAUUAUUUAAAAAUUUAACUUAUUAAAACAUCGAGAUUAACAUAAUCUAAUUUGAACAUUUAUACAUUCCAAAUUGAGACUAUACAUUCCGUAAUGUGAGAUUUAUACAAUGCACCAUUGCGUAGUAAGAUUUGAGUCUUUGGUGGGGAAUAAGGUGACUACUUACUUGUUGAGGACGUAUCUCAAAGAAGUUAUAUUAUUUCGUACUUAAUUAAAAACUGUUAAAAUGAUACCUAUAGAGUAUUUUUGGUGCGAUAGUGAAUUUUACAAACUUUUAUUGUAACCUAAUUACGAGAGUGUACAAAUUAAUAUAUUUUUACAUAUUUUUCCCUGUUUAAAAAAUAUAAAAGGCAUAGCCUAUUUAAAAUCCGUGAUUUAUGAUUAUUGUGAUUUUGUAGAGAGACGUGAAUUUUAAAUUCUACAUUCCUUUUUAUUAUUUAUUUUUCUCUUUUAAAUGCAUGUAAUGCAAGUCCACGACUAAGGUGUUAAAUGUAGUUAUAUUUUUGUUGUUCGUGUUUGUUCUUAUUUCAGAAAAUGUACUUAAUUUUUUUCGCUGUGUCUCGUUAUAAAACAAUGUUUUUAUUUAUGUAAAGUAAACUUCAAUUGAGCCAGUAUAUUUAUAAAUAUUGCUCAAUCAAGCUCAAUGAAUCAGUAAAGAGCAUCCAAGUUUUUUAUCACGCACAAAAGCAUAAUACAUACUUCGAUUGUCUAACUCAGACAUAAACUAUUAAAAAUACAGUACACGGUGUCCAAACACAUACUAAUACAAGAUUGAUGGCCUGAAGUGAAAAUUACAGUUUAUAUAAUACGAAUAAAAUAAUUAUAUAUUGUGUGCUGUUAAAAUAGGUUUUGUUAGAUAUAAUUAGAAUUAAGAGGAAAUAUGUACUUAUUUCAUGUGGUACUCGUAUUUUUCAUUGCUUUACUUGCGUAAUUGGUCAGAGGAGUUCCAUCUUUACUUUUUAUUUAAAUUUGACGUUAUUUACAUUCCUUUAGUUAAUUAAGAAAGUACUUAUUAUCGGUUGUGGUCUUGCCUGUUAAGUUUUACAAAAUUGACUUAGAUGGAACUUAAGG